UUCCAAAUUGAGGUAAUUGAGGUUUGGAUCAUAACGCGUAUUCAAAAACCUAGUGAGUGCAUCUAUAACGGACCUAUCACUCGUACUAGUCUUCUGCUUUAUUGGUUGGCUAUUGAGUGAAACUUUCUUAGGUCUCGCACUAGUAGAUGGACGAGCAAGAGGAUUCGAUUUAUUACGUAUUUGCGAUCUGCGUGUAGCUGGAUCACUCUCGUUCAUGCUGGUAUCCUCAUUAGCAGUAGCACCUCUCCUCCUAGACUGCUUAGAUUGCUUAGAAUGCUUGUUAGAAGCCAGCAAUCCAGCUGAUUUUAAUAAGCUAGACCCUAGACUAUUGUUCGGUUUCUUUUCUUCUUCAACUUUGUCAGCGUACAUCGUCGCUCAGAUUGAAGAAGUGAAUUUACUCUUCAAGUUUAGCCACCACUAUGCCAGAUAAUAAAAGACAAAAAUUAGAUGGAGCUAACCCUUAUUUGGCUCAUAGGAGUGACAGCCAGGAAAAUCCAUUAGAAGGACUCACGCCUAGGGGUGUAUCAGCGAAAGAUGUAGAGAAAGCUAUGUCUGGAGACGUUAAUGCUUUCAAUUUGAAGCAAUUCUCCCCUCAAUAUCAGCAAAUACUCAAAGGACGACAAAACCUCCCAGUUUGGAAUCAAAUGCAGGAAUUCUACGACAUUUUUAACAAGAAUCAAAUGAUGGUCAUGAUUGGUGAAACUGGUUCAGGUAAAACCACCCAAAUCCCUCAAUACGUCGCAUACUCUGAUUUUGCACACACAAAGGGUAAACUUAUCGCAUGUACACAACCACGUAGAGUUGCUGCUAUGAGUGUUGCUAAACGUGUUGCUGAUGAAAUGGACGUAAACCUUGGUGAAGAAGUUGGUUACUCUAUUAGAUUCGAAGACUUGACAACACCUGGUACUACGUUCCUCAAGUACAUGACAGAUGGUAUGCUCUUGAGAGAAGCCAUGAACGAUAAUACACUUAGUCGUUAUUCAACUAUCAUUCUCGAUGAGGCUCACGAACGUACACUCGCUACUGAUAUCCUCAUGGGUUUACUCAAGGAGAUCGUACCACGUAGACCAGAUCUUAAGUUAGUCGUCAUGUCUGCAACCCUUGACGCCUUGAAAUUCCAAAAUUACUUCAACAAUGCACCACUUUUGAAGGUCCCAGGUAGAACUUUCCCAGUCGAGACGUAUUACACCGAGGAACCGGAAACUGACUAUGUGGAAGCAGCUAUCAGGACUGUAUUAAUGAUCCAUCAAGCGGAAGACCCAGGUGAUAUCCUUGUCUUUUUGACAGGUUCAGAGGAAAUUGAAGAUGCUUGUCGUAAAAUUAAACUCGAAGGUGAUGAACUUGAACGCAAUUAUAGAGGUGCAGUGGGACCACUCCUUGUUGUACCACUCUACUCUUCAUUACCGCCACAACAACAAACGAGAAUUUUCGCUGACGCACCUGAACCACGUCAACCAGGUGGUGCGCCAGGACGUAAAGUUGUCGUAUCAACAAACAUCGCUGAAACCUCCUUAACAAUUGAUGGUAUCGUUUAUGUAGUUGAUCCAGGUUUCUCCAAACAAAAAGUUUACAAUCCACGUAUUAGAGUUGAAUCAUUGCUACCAACACCAAUUUCAAAAGCUUCUGCUCAACAAAGAGCAGGUAGAGCAGGUCGUACAAGACCAGGAAAAUGUUUCAGAUUAUAUACUGAAAAUGACUUCGUUUCACAAUUACAAGAACAAACUUACCCAGAAAUUCUUAGAUGUAAUCUCGCAAAUACCGUUCUUGAGUUGAAGAAAUUGGGUAUUAACGAUUUAGUUCAUUUUGAUUACAUGGAUCCACCAGCACCUGAAACUGUCAUGAGAGCAUUAGAGUUGUUAAAUUACUUAGGUGCUUUCGACGAUGAAGGUAAUCUCACACCAUUUGGAUCAAUUAUGGCGGAAUUCCCACUUGAUCCACAACUUGCGAAGAUGUUGAUUGUCAGUCCAGAAUUCAAGUGUAGUAAUGAGAUCUUGAGUUUGGCAGCUAUGUUGUCAGUACCUAACGUUUUCUUGCGUCCAGAAAGUCAACGUAAGGAAGCAGAUGACGCAAAAGCUCAAUUUACUCACCCAGAUGGUGAUCAUCUCACACUCCUUAACGUAUUCCACGCUUUUAAGGCUAACAGCAAUGAUUCUAACUGGGCAUGGAACAACUAUUUAUCACAUAGAGCAUUAAUUAGUGCAGAUAACGUAAGAUUACAACUCAAGCGUACAAUGGAGAGAUUCGAUUUAGAUUUAGUUUCAACUGCAUUCGAAGAUAGAAACUACUAUGUUAACAUUCGUAAAGCUAUAGUAUGUGGAUACUUCAUGCAAGCUGCUCACAGGGAGGGUGCUAAAGGAAACACCUACUUAACAAUAAAGGAUGCACAAGUGGUUAGUCUUCAUCCAUCAACUGGUUUAGAUACAUCACCAGAAUUUGUUAUCUACAACGAAUUUGCAUUGACAACAAAGAACUUCUUAAGAACUGUCACAGCUGUUAAACCAGAUUGGUUGUUGACAUAUGGUGGUGAAUACUUCAACCUUCGUACCUUCCAAGAUGGACCUCUCAAACGUGCUCUUAUGUACGCUGCGGAAAAGAAAGCCUCAAAAGCUAGCAAAAGAGAUGAAAAUGGCGAUAGAAAGCGCAGUAAGAAGCAACGUUAAUUUAUAGAUUUUUCAUGUAUCCAAAGUUAUAUAAUUUAUAUUUUCAUUUAUUUAAAUAUGGUGUUUAAUAGCAAUCCAUAACUUAGAAAUCGAAACUCUUGUCUAAAUCCUUACGAAUGUGUUCCAACAUUCCUGGUGCCAUUAAUGGUUUACCUGUACCAUCGUUGAGAUAUCUGUAAGGCAUAUCAACAGAUUCUUGAGCUGUAAAGACAAUAGUUGGAUCAUCGAUGAAGUCAAUUUCACCAAGUUUCUUCUUAUCGACGAUGACUCUCUUUGUUGUACCUAAUGCGGUGUCUGUUGACAUUUGACGGGCACCAAGGUGUCUACCAGGGAAACCAUAUUUGCGUAAUUCCUUUGUUCUAUCACGUGGUGGGUCAUCACCUAAGAUACCACCAAACGAAAUGUGAAAAGUUAUUCAAAUCUUCCGGUUUGAUCUCUUCUUCUGCUUUUGGAUCGAGAAGACAUACUUUAUCCUUUGAGAUACCUUCUCUUUGGAGAAUUUCCAUGAUACCCUCCUUAUAACAUUCGGUUUCUGAUGCUUUACCUUCCUCUGGCUUUAAGAAUUCAUUUAAGUGAUUGUAUGAGCCUGAUGAUAAAUUUGUAUAGAUAACUCUAGCAUUUGGACCAGCGUGGGUUGCUGCAGCCAUGUUUCUAUAUUCACGAAGACUCCAUUCAGGGAUAAUGUAGCCUUCUGGCUCUUCCUCUUCGACGUGCUCAAUAACGUACGUCACUUCUGGCAUAUUGAAAGUGGUGGUGGUGG